AUGCCCGAAGAGAAGAAACUCAGCGGAAACUUUGCGAUACCGCAGUUUACCCCGACUGAUUAUUCGAAAUUCUUCCUCGCUGGCGCGCUAUGUUGCACAGUGACCCACGGUGGAAUGACACCCAUUGACGUCGUGAAGACGCGCAUUCAGGUCGACCCCGCAUUAGCUCGCCACAAUCUCCUCAGCGGGGCACGGCAGAUCGUCGCUUCCGAAGGUCCCUCUGCACUGUUGACAGGGUUUGGUCCUACUGCUGUGGGAUACCUCGUGCAGGGUGGCGCCAAGUUCUCUGGCUAUGAACUAUGGAAGAAGAAGUUCGUGGAGAUCGCAGGAGACGAGAAGACGGCGGUCAAGUACCGCAGUGCUAUCUAUCUCGGUGCCGCAAGCGUUGCUGAGUUCUUCGCUGACAUCUUGUUGACGCCUCUAGAGGCAACCCGUAUACGACUCGUAUCCCAAAAGGGUUACGCAUCCGGUCUUACAACGGGCUUCGCGAAGAUGGCUCGCGAAGAGGGUGUGCGCGGGCUCUAUGCAGGCUUUAUACCUAUCCUCUUCAAACAAAUACCCUACGCGAUCGGCCAAUUCACCGUCAACGAGUUUUGCCAUGAAGUUGCCCUGCGUUCCAUGUCAGAAGACACCAAGAAGAACCUAUCCGCGACUUCGGAGUUUGGUAUCUCAUUGGGCUCCGGUAUCAUCGCCGGGUUUGCUGCCGCUAUCCUCAGUCAACCGGCAGAUACUUUGCUCUCGCAGAUCAACAAAGGUCACGGGCCGGAGGGCAGCAUGAUGUAUCGAUUGGGCGCGUUGGCGAAGCAAGCUGGGUUCAAGGGACUCUUUGCCGGCCUCGGUCCUAGAAUGGUCAUGACGGCGGGCCUGGUCUCUGGACAGUUCCUCAUCUAUGGACAGAUAAAAACUGCACUGGGUGCUCCACCAGGUCUUGAAAUACACAAGGAGACUUCUUGA